AUGGCCGGGAACGGCAACGCUCAACCGCCUUUCGUCAUUGUUUUCAUUGGCCUGCAUUUCAUUACCACCAUCUCGGCUUUGUCGAAUUUUCUGGCAAUAUUAUGGCCGCGCACGCUGCUGUGCAUGAUAUCAAGCCGCGACCCUCGUCACGAGCCUGCGCUUCGUCACGGCAAUCAGAAAAACAUACAGGCUUAG